CCCGACUGAUUAUCUUAUCUAUUCCUCCUCUACAAUCUUUUCUUCAUCUAGUAGCAAAUACUGCUCGCACAUGGGUGCAAAAAUCCUCGUAUUAGGGAGUGGAGGUAGGGAACAUGCACUCGCGUGGAAACUUGCACAGUCAGACCUCGUCGAACACAUCUACGUCUGCCCUGGCAACGGUGGAACCGCCACUAACCCCAAGACCACAAACCUCAGCCUCUCCCUCACACCACCGUAUCAGGAUUUAGUAUGCUUUGCCGUUCAGAACGAGAUAAACCUAGUCCUACCGGGUCCUGAGGAGCCGCUCGUGCUUGGUGUUGAGAAGCACUUCCGAAAAGUGGGGAUCCCUGUUUUUGGUCCCUCUGAGCUCGCUGCGAGGAUGGAGGGCAGCAAGGCAUUUUCCAAAGAAUUUAUGGAGCGUCACAACAUACCCACUGCAAAAUUCCGGACUUUCUCGUCGGCGCAGUUGGGCGACGCCGUAGACUACGUUCGCAAUUGUGGUUUUCGUGUGGUAUUGAAAGCGAGUGGCCUCGCUGCAGGGAAGGGUGUCCUGAUUCCCAGUAACGUCGACGAGGCUGUAGAGGGUCUGAAGCAGAUAAUGGUAGCGAACACCUUUGGUGCCGCAGGUGAUCAAGUUGUGAUCGAGGAGCUUCUUGAGGGGCCAGAGAUAUCGGUUCUCGCAUUCUCCGAUGGUUACACUAUCGUCCCGCUCCCUGCGGCUCAAGAUCACAAACGUGUUGGCGAAGGUGACACCGGUCCUAACACCGGUGGAAUGGGUGCUUAUGCUCCCGCACCUGUGGCUAAUCCGGUUACUAUGAAUCGCAUCAUGAGGGAGACUCUUCGACCCACCAUAGACGGGAUGAGGAAAGAAGGUUUCCCAUUCGUUGGCCUCCUAUUCGCUGGCUUCAUGCUUACCGAUGCUGGACCAAAGGUGCUGGAGUACAAUGUUAGGUUCGGCGAUCCUGAGACGGAAGCACUCAUGCUUCUUCUCGGCGAUGAUGUUGAUCUUGCUGCGAUUCUCCUGGCUUGUGCAGAGCGUAGACUAGACUCCGUCCAGAUAAGUACUCGUCAAGCAUUUUCGGUGUCAGUUGUCUUGGUUUCGGGGGGUUACCCAGGCCCUUAUCCGAAGGGUAAACAUAUCGAGAUCGGCGAUAUACCCUCAGGCGUAGUCGUGUUCCACUGCGGAACGGCUCUAAAGGGCAACCUGCUUGUUACUUCUGGUGGUCGUGUGAUGGCAGUGACGGCUACUGCCCCAGCACUUAAGGACGCGCUGACGCUGGCUUACACUGCCUGUGACAAAAUAUCUUUUGAGGGAAUGACUUAUCGCCGCGAUAUAGCUCACAGGGCUUUGACUGCCUCAAAAAAAACUGCGCAAGGGCUGACAUACGCAGACGCUGGCGUAUCUGUGGAUGCUGGCAAUGCCCUAGUAACUGCCAUCAAGCCAUAUGUACAUUCCACAAGGCGCCCUGGGUCCGAUGCCGAGAUCGGUGGUUUUGGAGGCAUAUUCGACUUGAAGGCCACUGGAUACGAUGACCCAGUCCUUGUCGGCGGUACCGAUGGUGUUGGUACCAAGCUCCACAUCGCAAUUGAGGUUGGGCUUCAUGACACCGUAGGAAUCGACCUUGUGGCUAUGUCUGUCAAUGACUUACUGGUGCAGGGGGCUGAGCCCCUCUUUUUCCUCGAUUACUACGGAUGUAGCAAGUUGGACGUCACUACCGCAGCCGAGGUGGUCAAGGGCAUUGCGCAAGGUUGUCGAGAGGCAGGAUGCGCUCUCAUCGGAGGGGAGACAGCAGAGAUGCCAGGCAUGUAUCGUGAAGGCGACUACGAUCUUGCCGGCUUCGCCGUGGGUGCUGUUGAAAGGCAUUUGAUACUUCCUCGUCAGGAUAUUGUCCCUGGAGACGUUUUGCUUGGAAUAGCCUCCUCGGGUUUGCAUUCCAACGGGUUCUCCCUCGUGCGUAAGAUCGUGUCCAUAUCCGGCCUCAGUUACUCCUCUCCAUGUCCUUGGGACGAGAAUAUUUCGCUGGGAAAGCACCUCCUGGAGCCAACGCGCAUCUAUAUUAAGCAGGUCCUCCCAGCUGUUAAAACGGGUCUCCUCAAGGGCAUGUCCCACAUUACGGGUGGAGGGUUUAUUGAGAACAUUCCCCGUGUCCUACCCAAGCGGCUUGGCUGUUACAUCGACGCAUCGACUUGGCCGCUACCACCCGUCUUCCGCUUCCUUAUGGAGCAUGGAAGUGUUGAACCUUUGCAAAUGGCACGUACCUUCAACAAUGGCAUUGGGCUCAUUGCUAUCGUGGCCAAGGACCAAGUAGAAAGGACGCUGGACCUUCUACGCCAGGGCAGUAAUGCGCCUGUUUACAUAGUCGGGGAGGUAACAGACAAGAGUGGAGUUGAGAUGAAGAAUCUCGAGUACUGGGCAACAAACUAAAAUCUAGAUGUCUAUGUAUAUGAUAGAUAGCACUAGCAUCUCCAAGUCCGGCAACCUGGGGGAAGUACUACAUAUUUUGUUUUUGUUUUUUUCGGAACGCAUCGUCCAUAUGCAGUGGCUAUUAUGCUAUGCAGGAAAACAUUGCGCGCA